AUGGAAAGGGAAGAAAAUAUAGAAAUCAAAAAUUCAUUUGAUUAUAUUUUAAAUAGUGUUACAGGUUUAAUUGAGAGUAGGUUAUUGUAUAUUCUUGUAAAACAUAAAGUUCCAGAAGUAUUUGAAGAUGGUUUACCAAAAACUUAUCAACAAGUUGCAGAAAAAACUCAAACAUCACCAAUUGGUAUUUAUAAACUUUUAAGAUACUUUACUACAAGUAUUGGAUUAUUUGAAGAGGAUUUAAAUAAUUUAGGAACUUUUAAAAAGACACCAAAAUCAUCACUAUUUACAAGUGAUAAAUAUGCAACAUUCGUUGAAUGGUGUAAUAAUGAUCUAGCAUACAAUAUGAUGAAAUCACUUGAUUUAUCAAUUGAAACUGGUGAACCACAAUGUCAUAAAUCAUUAGGUGUUAAUAGUUGGUGGGAUCUUAUUAAAAAACCAGGUGAAGAAGAAUUCUUUAAAAAUGCAAUGAAAGUUUCAUCAAGUGAAGCAAUAGAGAGUGCUUUAAAAUUUAUUGAUUUCAGUCCAUUCAAAAAAAUCGUUGAUAUUGGUGGUAGUCAUGGUCGUUUUGUUUGUGAAAUUUUAGAAAAAUAUCCAAAUUCUCAUGGUAUAAAUUUCGAUUUAGAAUCAUUUUUCAAUGGUGCUGGUGAAUUAAUUAAAAAUCCUAGAUUAGAACAUAAAAGUGGUAAUUUCUUUGAAUCUGUACCAGAAGGUGAUUGUUAUAUUUUAAAACGUAUUCUUCAUGAUUGGAAAGAUGAAGAUUGUAUAAAAAUUUUAGAAACAAUUGGUAAAUCAAUAUUACCAGGUGGAAAAGUUAUAAUUUUUGAUUGUAUUAUUAAUCCAAAAAAUUAUAAUAAAGGUCAUUUGUAUCUUGAUGUUAUGAUGUUUCAUUUUUUUGGUUCAGAAGAAAAAACAAUUAAACAAUUCUCCAAUAUUAGUGAUAAAGCUGGUUUCAAAAUUGACAAAGUUGUUAAUGAAAUUCCAAACUAUUGUCUAAUUAUUUCAAAAAAAGAUUAA